GUAUCACUGGAAAGUGGCCCCAUGUCCGACAAGUUACAAGAAAUGCCAGGCGUCAAGAGGCAUCACGAUGGAAUUGAAAAGGAAGCCGGGUCCAGGACCUCGCCGUUCAUGCCCAUGUUUGAAUUCUUCCGCAAUGAGCUUGAUGAGCAUCAUGACAGAAGAGAGCGCAUCAUAAAGGCUUCACGUGACAUCACAGCUGCGAGCAAGAAAAUCAUCUUCUCCUUGCAAAGAGUCCGGUCUCUGAAGGGCACGAUUCCCCCAAAGAUAGCGGCGGAAACCCAGGAGCGUGCGGCUGCAAUGCAACAGCAGUUUCUCUCCAUUGCUCCUGAUCUUGCUGGCAUCAAUGCGUGGAGAUAUCAGCGUCAGAUCUCGGGCGGCAUUCAGGAAUAUAUGGAAGCCAUAUCCUUCGAGCAUUACCUCCGCCACCAAAAACUAAUCAGCAUUGAGGAAGCAGCUGCGUCGUUACCGGCCAAUGUUGACUUGACUGCGGAUGACUACGUGCUUGGUAUCUUUGACCUGGUGGGGGAAUUAAUGCGUUUCGCAAUCACGACGAUGGCCACGACUGGAUCUCUUCCUGGGUCAAAGAAUGAUGAAGACCCUGCUCAAGACCGUGAUAUCUUGGUGGAUUUAAGGUCGCUCAGGACAAGUUUUGAGGCACUAGACACAGCAUCAUGUGGCGGUACGGGCUUGGGCAAGGACGUGGAGAAGAAGAUGGAGGUGAUGAAGACCUGUGUUGAGAAGGUUGAGACAGCCGUGUAUGGAAUGAUAAUCCGGGGAAGAGAGCGGCCCAAAGGCUGGGUUCCGGAUCUUGCUGAUGACCGGGCACCUGUAGAGAGUUUUUGAUAUGCAGGGGUAAAGCGCUGCCAAGAGAGCCAGCGUGGGGGUCUAAUAAGGAGAUCAAUUUUCUUUUGGGGUUGAGAAUAAUGAUGUUGCUCUGGAUUCUCUGCUUGCUGUAUACCUAGUUGAUAGGUUGUAAGAAAAGACAAAAGACGAACCACCGUACGGCUGUUGAUAAUACAACAA